GUCUGUCUACAGCAGGCGACCUAACUCCUAAGUAUCAACAUUACUUAUACGUGGUUUUAAAAGCGUGCUUCGCAGAAAAGAUUGUGUGUUUCCAGGGUUUCCAGUUUACCUUUAAUUUUAAUCCAAGAAAAUCAACUCAAUCGGGCAUAAAGCUGCAACUAUGAGCGACCAGAUUUUCGCCGUUGUCGAAUUCGAAGACGGGGUUGCAAUUAUCCGAAGUUCUUGGGCUACUUUCGAUGAAAAUGGCAAAAUUGUAUCGAGUUUGUACCCUCCCCACAAAAGUGAAAAGGAACUAAAGAAAUAUUUACAGGAUCCAAAUUGUAAGAAAGACAUCAGAUGGGGUAGUGACACAAAAGGAACACCUUACACUGUCCUCAAGCAUGUUCGCAACACAGCUACAUUAGAAGAUGCCGCAAAGAAACGUGAUUUUUAUUUAGAUGGUAUUUCAGACAUCGAAACGGAUGAUAAUCUGAAUAUGGAAAUUUUAAAAAGCUCGAGACAUUCUCGAAACGAAAAAAGAAUUGAUAGUGAUUUUACGGACGGAGAGCAUGGUUCAAAUGGGACGACGACAAACAAAACAUUCACUUCUCAAUUAAAAAAACUGGACAUAAAUUCUUUACAGUACCAAGCAAGAAAUAAUGUGUCCCCUGUCAAGAGAGCAAAUGUUUCAGGUGAUAAAUCUGUAGUAGAAGUAGCUGAAAAAAUUUUGCUAGAGGAUGAAAUGGCUGCUACAGAAAGUCAUGCACAUACUUCUAAAGAAACGGAAUCAAAUGGCAAGCGUCCAGAAGGACCACCGACGCAGGACCAAGGUCAAGGCCGCGAUCAAAUUGAUCCACAGGAGGUUCUAACAGGAGAUUUACAGCGUGAAGAUGCGAAUGCAGGUAGGGGGAAGAAAAGAAAAAGUUCCAGAUUUUCUGAUGAUCCACAGGAAGUGGCUAGUUGGAACAUGUCGCCCGAAGAUGUUUGUCUGCACAAAAAAGUCAACACUAUAGGAGUAGUAUGUGAAUAUAUCGUGUCACGAAUAGACUCAAUGCAGCCUGCUAAAGAAUUAGAUGAUUCCGAUACAGAGGACCAUUUAUCAAACUUUCCUAUAAACACGCAGGCAGAUUAUGACGAGAUGAAAAUAAAAUUGGACGACAAAGAUUACUAUAAAAGUGUAGUUAAAUCAAUUACAGGUUUGGGAAAGUUAAGAACCCUCUCCAUGACUGUCAAAUCCAUUAUGAAUGCACUAAUAAACCCAACAACUGGCACAAUAUUUACUUUCCAGGGAAGAGGGGGCAAGAAAAUUGCGUUUCAGGGUUCUGUUUUUCAUCGUCUAGUAGUGCAGGCAUCAAGAAAACUAUAUAAAAAUGAAACCCAAGCCAACAUUGAUUCAUGGAUUGAAGACUGGCUGGUCCAUUGUAACGACAAAAUUAAGCGGUUAAAGAAGAAGGAAGAAAAAAGACUAGAGAAAGAGGCAGCUCAGAAUUUUUCUUUCUCUGAUUUAGAUGGGGAAAAUUCAGAAUAAUGGCUUCGGAAUAGAUUAAAUCAAUACGAACCAUGAUUUUGUCAUGCAUUAUUUGUACCAUGCAAGCGCAGCAUGUUGGUCAUUUUUUAAAUAUGCACAGGGGCCAACGCUGCAUCAUUUUAAAACCAUAAUUUAUAUUGAUAAAAUAUAAUUGAUAUUUCAUUUAACAUUUUUAAAACAAGCACUUAUUGAAAAAAAAAAUUUAAUUUUAAACACUUGUCAGUUUUAAAACAUGUUUAUCAAAAACUUUUUGAAGAAUGUAACUCGUUGUAAACUAUUAUAGUUUGGAAUAAAAUAUUUUUUGUAAUUAUGAUAAAUUAUUCAAAAUUUCGAUAACAAAUUUUUCUUUUAAAAUUAAAAAUAUUUUACGAAAUAAAUAAAAAACAAUGGACAUAAAGAAAAUAUGUUAAUAAAAAUCAAUUAGAAUAUGGCAAUGGAAAUAACGUCAGAGCAACGUUAUUUUUGAGGUGAAUGGAGAAAAUACGCCUUUUACCCACAACUUGCUGUUAUCUCUACCGACACGGCGAGUAUGAUUAUUUACGAUUCAAGAAGAGCGUACGAUCAAGUGGAAAACGGAAAAAGAAGAAAAAAGGGAAGACUAAGAGCAACGGAAUAAAUAAUUUUAAUAAUAAUAUAUGAAAUUCGAAAUUCUGUGAAUUAUAAUUUAACCUUUGAAUUAUCAAUAAAUAUACAUAUACCUAUGAAA